AAGGGCCCAUGUUUCAGCAUCUUAUGAAAACAAACUUCUCUCUGACUGCUGGGUGCUCUUUGACCCGAGUGUCAGAGCUGCAGUGAUGGGGCUUUUUGUUGUAGCUGUUAUUAAACUGUUGCCUGUCAGACCACAACAUCUCAGCUAGGAAAAUUGAAUUUAACAAUAACCACUCAUUUGCGGUUUAGCUCCUGCUCAAAAUGAAGCGCUCCCUCCUUAUACUGUCACUUUAAGAAGCAGCGACGCAGCAAACGCAGUUGCCUCAUUUCGUCUCCGGGCUUCGCGGCUGCAGGAUGUUCUCUCAGCAGCAGCAGCAUCUUCUCUUCCUGCGUCCACCAUGAACCGAGGCAUUUCUACGACGCACAACUUCCUCCUGCAGAAAUGUUUGGCUGUAAGGGCUCCCAGCAUCCUUCUCUAGAGACAUCAGUGGACUAGUUGGAGGUCCUUUGCACACCCAUGUCCCUCACUCCGAGUCGAAAGUCCUCCUCAGGUCAGCGCAGGCGCUCAGUGGGCACUGGUGGUGGCAGUGGGCGAUAUUCCAAUGAUGCAUCCAGUACUUACACCUACCCUGGUCGGAGUAGGGUCCCAGAGGAAAGCGUCGCAGCUCGGACAUAUCCCAGUACUCCGAGGCGUCAGGCAAAGCACACAGCCUGCAGUGACAACCAUGGGAUCAGGCCUCCCACCCCAGAUCAGUACCUCACACCUCUGCAACAGAAGGAGGUGUGUAUACGACAUCUGCGCGCCAGGCUGAGGGAGAAUGUGGAGAGAUUACAGCACAGGGACUGUGAAAUAGACGAGUUGCGGGGCCAACUUUACAGGAUGCAGGAAGACUGGAUAGAAGAGGAAUGCCACCGCGUCGAGGCCCAGUUAGCACUUAAAGAGGCUCGCAAGGAGAUUCAGCACCUCCAGGAAGUGGUAGAGUCAGUGAGGUCCAACCUCAGUGUCCGCGAACAGGACCACCAUGACCACAAGCCAUACUCAGGGUUGCAGGGAGCUCAGCCAGGGGGCAGGUCUCGCUCCUGUGGCUGUUCCCCUGCUGGAACUCUGAGCCGCAGCAUUCCUCGCAUGCGACUCAGCAGCGAGGCCUUGCAGCUGGAGCGCGGUGCCAACACUCCUGAGGCGAGUGGAGCGUGUCGCCCCGCGGGGCAGACCCACCUGCUCCUGGAAGCGGCCCACCUGUCAGAGCAGCUGCCACCGCAGGGCCACAUCAGGGUCCCCCCUACUGUACCGCGCUCUUCCACCUAUGAAAGGCUGUGCAGCGGAGGGACCGUGUUGCCAGUCUCACACUCCUGUCACAGUCUCAGUAGCAGCUGCAGGUGCAGUGGACACACAUACGUCCCCCAUCAUCACUUGUUUCUGCACUUACCUCAGGAGGAGGUCCCAGUAACAGCUGCCCCCGUAACUGAUCCCAUCCCAUCUCCAGCUCCUGUUCCUGCUCCUGCUGUGAAGAAAAAGCCAGAGGUUUGCUCCCAAGCUUGCAGCCCCACCAUGACCUGGCUGUGUGAGGAAAGUGAAACCAAGGAGCUGAGUGUCAUCUCUUUAGCCUCCACAGAUGUGACUCCCUCAGAGCCACAUCUGUUUCCAUCGUCUUUACCUCCUGCGUUGCCCUUCGUGCAUUCAGACAGCUUAGAGACGCUACUUUCUGACCGAGCAGCAGCAGAGCCCCACACCUGCCAACCCCAAGCUGCAGCUCCACUGCCUGUGAGGCAGGAGGCCACAGCGCUGGAGAUAGAGGACAGUAAGGAGGAAGCUGAAGACGAGAAUUCCCCUGAGCUGUGCCACUGGAGCCGCUACUUCCUCAUAGAUCUGUUGGCUUUGGCAGCACCCGUGGUCCCGACCAUGGCGUGGCUGUGUCGAGGGCCGCAGCCGGACGUCAUGCCCGUGUAUCACAUCGGGUCGCUGCUGAGAGGCUGCUGUGCUGUGGCGCUCCACUCGCUUCGCCGCCAGGGUGCAGGCAGAGGGCAUAGACCGACCAACAUGAACGGAACCACAACCUCCGACAUUAACGGUCCAGUGUCUAACAUUUAGUUUAUUGGCAGGAAUUGACCAUGGUUCAUGUUUGUGUCGCACUUCAGCGGUGACACAGACACAAUAUUUGAUGCACCCUCACUAUUCACAUCAUUCAUUCAUUCAUCGUCUACCGCUUUAUCCUCCACAUGAGGGGUCGCUGGAGCUAAUCCCAGUUGACACAGGGUGAAGGUGAGGUCAGCAAGCCAACACAGGGGCAACAUACAGAGACGAACAACCGUUUGCUCUCACACGGUGUUCAACUAACCUCUGCGGGAGGAAACUGUUCUUGGAGAAAACCCACGCACACGCAGGAAGACUGCAAGUCACACAUGAAAAGGCCUUUAGAAUAAGCCUUUCAUAUAGACUUUAUGUAAGGAGGCCAUGUUUCUAAUGUGUUGCAGUCUUAGUCUGACGUCGCCAUUUCUGAGUGGAGGGGACGUUCCCUCAUUUAACUCCCAGUUCUGACUUCCGACGUAAACAGAAAGCACCGUUAUACUGCCAAAUUGAAAUGAACCAGCCAAAUGUAGGGAUGCACGAUAUUGGACUUUCUUUUUGCCCAACUGCAGAGGUCAUUUAAUCUCUUCUGUAGUGAAAUUAACAUCAUAUUUUUUUAUACUCAUGUCACAGCUGAUGUGGAUAUAAAAUAGCAUUGAAGUCAAAGAGGUAGCAGCUUUUCCAGCCUACUGUUUUAGUCAUAUCGGAGGAUUUUGGCAUUUUAAAGCCAAUAUCUGCCAAUAUCGAUGAUAUCUUGCAUCCCUAGGCCAAAGCAUACAUUUUACGGAACGAUAACUAUGCACAUGAACGGAGAACAACAUCCUUUAUGGUAUGCAUAAGCCACCGUAGUCUUCUGAAGCCUAAGGGAACACGAGCAGCGAGCAGCGAGCAGAGGAGUCUCACCGUGUCACUAACUCUUACACACUGGACCUUUAAGAUCACAACUCCCAACCUCUGCAGACUCAGCCACAACAGCACUGACUCUGCUUUAUUACAUUUCGGCCAUUGUCGUGUGUUGGACAUCCACUCAUAAGACUUUUCCUUAAGGGUUUUAGAUUUUACUUAAGAGUGUGCGAUCAUGCCUUGCCUUAGAAAACAAAUGACUAGUUGUACAUUAUAGAAAACACAUGCACUACCAAAAUAUACUGAACCUCCUGCUACUGCCUGCUCUAUAAAUGGGGUUUUUCUUUAUUGCAAUUUGCAUGUAACCCAAUUUGUUUGGAUUAUUUUUGCUUGAAUAAAAAAAAAAAGCCCCAACCUGGAUUCAUCUGCUGGGAAAAGAAAUAAGAAGUGAAACUGUCUAUAGUUGAAUGCUUCUCGAAUUUAUUCAUAUUUUACUGAUUUUUUGCAUAAAGUUAGUAAAGUAACAGAGACACUAGGUAGAAAAAAUACUGUUGUACAUCCACUCAUGAAAAUGCUAUGUUUCAGGAAGGUUGAGCAUGUGCUCAGGUGCAGAACAAACACAUCAUUGAUAAUUUGCCGAUGAAAAUAAAAAAAAACACUGGAGUUUAAAUUUGACUUUGUUUCUUUCCUCCUGUUCACACUGAACAUCAGC